CGCUUUCUCUCUCUCUCGGCACUGAGCCGACGCGGUACGCAUGCUUGCCCGUCUCUCUUUCUCUCACUGCGUGGUGUGUAGUACUGUGUAGAGAGAGCGUAGAGAGAACGAUGGAGAAGCUGAGAGGGCUAGGCCACCUGUUCGGGACGGUGUUCCUCUAUGGAAUGGCCAGCUUCAUGGUGGUCCCGGCCAUCACCGACGUCACCAUGUCCGCCCUCUGCCCCGGCAAGGACGAGUGCUCCCUCGCCAUUUACCUCUCCGGCAUCCAGCAGGCGAUCGUAGGAUUUGGGACGGUGAUUUUGACGCCGUUAAUUGGGAACCUGUCGGACGAGUAUGGAAGGAAAGCUCUGCUCACCAUCCCCAUGACAGCCUCCGUCAUUCCGUUAGUGAUACUGGCAUACAGUAGGGAGACCAAAUUCUUCUAUGCCUACUUCGUCCUCAGGACUCUCGCAGCCAUGGUUGGCGAAGGCACCAUCAACUGCCUUGCCCUUGCAUACGUGGCAGACAACGUUCCGGGGACGGAGCGGGUAUCCGCGUUUGGGAUUCUUUCGGGUGUGCUCUCAGCUGCAUUUGUUUGUGGAACCUUGGCUGCUCGUUUCAUCUCGACCGCUUUGACAUUCCAGGUUGCCGCAGUUGCAUCCAUGGUUGCGGUCGUCUACAUGAGGAUCUUUCUCAAGGACAGCAUGCCGGUAGCAGACGAAUCGGCACGGCUAAUCUUAAAGGGAUCGGAAACUGAUAUUGACCAAAAUGAUGGCGACUCCGUGAAGAAGAUACACGUGUUCAAGAAGAUUCCUUCGAUUGGAGAUCUCAUUAGCCUGUUGAGGAGAAGCAAGAUAUUUGCACAAGCUGCAGUGGUUGCAUUCUUCAACAAUCUUGCCGAGGGAGGACUGCAAGCUUCCUUAUUGUAUUUUUUGAAGGCUCGUUUUCAUUUCGAUAAGACUCAGUUCGCUGAUCUUAUGCUCAUCGUCGGAGUUGCCGGGACACUUUCUCAGCUGAUUUUCAUGCCGCUGUUGGCACCGGUAUUACGUGAAGAGAGGUUGCUGUCUAUAGGGCUGUUUGCGGGUUUUUCACAUAUGUUUCUCUACAGCAUAGCCUGGGCACCUUGGGUUCCUUACGCAAUCACCGUGUUCUCAAUCUUCGCCGUCUUCGUUUCUCCAUGCAUACGCAGCAUCGCAUCGAAACAAGUUGGCCCGUUCGAACAGGGCAAGGCUCAGGGAUGCCUCUCAGGAAUAAGUUCUUUCGCCAACAUUGUUUCUCCACUGAUAUUCAGUCCUCUGACAGCACUAUUUCUAUCAGAAGCAGCGCCCUUUCCGUACCCUGGUUUCAGCCUAAUGUGCAUUGGACUAGCCCUGAUGAUAGGCUUCGUCCAGAGUCUCAUGAUGAAAGCUGCUCCACCGAGUACAACUAAGGAAGUCUUCGGCGAAGAACCAUGAUUUGUGGGAGCGACAUGAAAAGUACUAGUGCGAAAGGAAGUGCUGGGCGAGGAGCGAAAAGACGUGAGAAAGGAAAUUGAUCAAUGAGUUAAAUCCAGCUUCGGACUGGCAAUAAUGUUCACUCCACCGAAUCCUUAAAUUGUAAAGUACAUAGUUUCAAGUUUGGCAAUACACAUACAAAGCACAAGGAGAAAGUUGCGUGAUUCCAAGAGAACAUGUAACUCCUAUCUUUUAUGCAUGCGGUCGACUGCUAGUCUAGCUUCAGCAAAAGAAAAGGUUCAAUGAGACAUACUCCAUCAGGACAAAAGGUUGUAUUGGAACACUUAGUCCGUCAGAACAGAACUUAUUUGACAACGAUAUUGCAUCA